AAUUAGCAUUCGAUAGGGGUACGCCAUUCUGUGCAAACAGUUGGUGUUAGGUCGUUGCAAAACAAGUAUAUUUUGAAAAAAGAAUGCUCAAGUUGACAGUGUUCUUAAUGUUCUGCAUUGCAAUUAAUUCUGCAGAUAACAGCUAUAUAAUAAACGAGUUACCGUGCCUUCUGGCUAAUGGAGAGUGUAGGAAAUCGGAAGAUUGUCCAACUGGAGUUAGACAAUUGACGGGUUAUUGUCCAAGACAGGAACAAAAUGGGAUAAAAUGUUGUUUGUCCAGUACUUUGUCGUGUCGAAGUCGAGGCGGGGAGUGCGUAUCAUUCAAAUGUCCAAAAGAUCUUACGUUUUCUAGAGCCAACGAUUGCUCCCAGGGCGAAACCUGUUGUAUAUUAGUGCAAUGAUGAAUAUAAAAA